AUGGACGGGUGGGUUCAGGGUGGUGAAAUCAGUGACGAGACAGGAAUGUGGCCCUCAAAACAAGGAAGACUCUUCUCUCUUUUGUGAAGCACAAGCAGUGACCUAGAGAGGCGUAACUAAACAUUAUCCGCUUAACCCUCGAUCUAUUACGUACUCGCAGCCAUGUUUGAAGCAGGAUGAAAAUGACAGCGACAAGGAGACGAGAUUUUCCUCAUUCAACGGCCCGGGAGGAUGGUGGUUACAGAACGGGGUCAUGAUCGGGUGGAAACGUUAAAGACUUGGUGUUGAUUAUGGGCCUGUCGCGCAAACUUGGAGGCUCCUCAAAACCCGAGCCCCUGAGUGAUGUUGAGUAUCAGUGGAGCAGCCAGAGCUAUACCCUCAGGGAAAUUGUGAACAAGUUCAAGAUACCCAGGGUAGUCCAGUGUGCGUCUCAGUGUUCGGUACAGUUGUCCAAGUUUCAGUUCGAUCUACAGCAACCAUUACUUAUCUACAGGAAGCGGUAUAUACGUAAAGCGUACGCCCGGAAUCUCAAGUAUGAUGAGACAUCUCAGGAGAUGAUGGCGUCAGGUCCCCCCGUCAUCAUCCCAGAGGACUACGAUGGUUGGUUCACUGUGGUCAACUCGGAGUCCGACACCCUGCCUCGACAUACUAGGAUAGAAACAGUCGCAGGAUGUCCCUCUGAACGCUUCCUGGUGGGCACGCAGCUCCCGGUACUUAUCCAUACACCGGGCUAUGACGGCGAGGCCCAGUACGUGGUGAGUGACGUCAUGCCAGGAGGGGUACUGCGCAAGACCGGUACUUGUGAGAGCGAUGAGGCCAUGGCGGAUGUCAUGGACAUGUUGAAGAAAGGAAAACCGUGUUUACGGUGCACGGAUGAGAACGAUGAAUUGAUAAUACCUUUCAAUCACAGAGCAAAGAUGUUUGAAGUGUCUGACGAAACGUCACCUACUUCAAGCGGAUUGGUCAGCAUCAGACACGUGAUUGAGACUGGGGAGGCCUUAUUUCCGACAGUUUUACGUCACAUGUUCGGAGAACUGCCAGCGGUUUCUUAUUGUUUCACGGGAGACUUGAGACUGGAGAGGGUGUUUUACGAGGACAGCGUCCUUGCGUCCACGCUUGACAAAGAAGCGCCAUUCCCACUUGAAAUUAAAACAGAUUCCAAGGUGAGGUUUACAAUUGCAUUAAAUGAAGCAGACAUCAAACGGACAAGUGAUUACAACGAUGCCUUUUGUGCAUGUGAGGAGCUUGGAGAUAAAUAUCUCUCGGGAAUGAAAGUGUCCUUCACUUUGCAACCGGAAAUGGUACCACUGGAUCCACUUGAUUGGUCAAUGUCAGAAGCCGGAAGUGACGCAGAGGAUGUUGAGGAUGUAGACGCAAAGUCUGAAUUUGAGAUAGACUGGGAUCCCGACAGGACAAACAGUGUGGUUAAUUUGGCGGAAAAGACAGAGGGAGUGCUGCGCCCGCAUCCGAAACCUGACGUUGUUCUGGCGGACAGAAAUGAACAGCCAACGGAACUGCAACACUCACAGACAAAUGAGACGCGUUCCCGUAAAACCGACUUGUAUAUAAUUGAUAGUGGAUUCAAAAACACUGUUUCCUUGGAGAACAUGCGAGAAGAGAUCGUGUGAUUGUACAGUUUAGGUUUUACCCAACGUGUAUGAGUGCAAUAACUUCCGAGCGUGUAUUACCCACAUGCCAAAUGAACAGCAAGGAAUCAAAUAGACCACGCAUUACUUCUCCCCCGUAAAUUGAACUUCAGAAUACUUACACCUGGGAAAAAUGUUAUGCUCACCUGAUUUCAUGUAUUCGUAACGUUCGUGCAUAUUUUUUAAUUAUUUACAUGUGACAUAGAUCUAACUUCGAUUCCACUAAUACCUGGUGAAAUGUCUCAGUCUUAAGAUGGUCACAAGGGCUUACUAAAGCAAGGAAGUCAAGUGCGUGUGGCCAUGGAACACUCACAAAGUCAUUACCACUUAGCCACUUGUGAUUUUCUAUUUGUACAUAAAUGUGUAUCAUUUAGAAACAAAUGUAUUUCGUCACUAAAUUGAUAUAUGA